AUGGCUCCAAUCCGGCUUGCAAUCAUCGGCCUAUCUGCCACAAACCCCGGCAGCUGGGCUGGCGUUGCCCACCUACCCUACCUCCUCUCUCCUCGCGGCGAGACCAAGUACAAGAUCGUUGCCCUCUGCAACUCGAGCAUAGAGUCUGCGUGCUCAGCGAUCAGGGCGUUCCGACUACCAGCCAGCACACGAGCAUACGGCAGUCCCGACGACCUGGCUCGGGAUGCUGACGUCGAUUUCGUAGUGUGUAGUACCCGCGUCGACAAGCAUUACGAGACCAUCAAGCACAGCAUCGUUGCUGGCAAGGAUGUCUUUGUGGAAUGGCCUCUUGCGUCGAAUAUCUGGCAGGUGCGUGAGCUAGCUAGUCUGGCUAGAGAGCGGGGGUCCAGAACUGUAAUCGGCCUGCAAGGGCUUGUUACUGCUCCCCUCCGUGCGGUACGGGAAAUUCUUGAAGAAGGCCGCAUUGGUAAGGUUCUCAGCUCCGAGGUGAAGGCAAGGGGAGGUACCAGUGAUCGCGAUGCAAUCCCCGAGCCUCUAAGAUACUUUACUCAACUGGAGGUGGGAGGGAACAUGAUCACAAUUGCUUUCGGUCACCUGUGGGGGUUUGUGCAAUCUAUUCUUGGGGACGCCCAUGAUAUCCGUAGCCGACAUCAGCUGCAGCGGCCUAAAGUCGGGCUCAUCUCCUCAAAAACAGGCACGACGGUCGAGACUAUCGAGUCAAACGUGCCAGACCUUGUUUUUGUUACCGCCUCGUUGAAAGGUGAAAAAUGCAUUCAGGACGGCGCUUCUCUCCUCGUCGGCUUCCGUCGCGGCCAGCCUUUCCCCGGCGAGCCCUUUCUGACGUGGACCAUUCACGGAGAAAAGGGCGAGAUCAAGUUCACAGCCGAAGGCGGCACGACCCCACGCACCAUGGCCUCGAGUCCCGUCAGAAUCCUGCUUCACGAGUUUUCCACUGGCCAGGUUGAAGACGUCGGCUGGAGCUGGGAGCCAUGGCGUCUGGAACUCCCGAUUGCGGCGCGUGGUGUUGCUGGGCUCGGCGAAGACGUUUCUAGGAUCAUCGCAGGGGUUGAUCCCGCAUAUCUCGGCCGUCUCUCCGCCGCUACCCGCGCGUCGAUAGUGAGCGGGAUCGUGAAGGCCAUGCGCGACGUCUACGUCCUUGUUGUGGUUGCCGGUGCUCUUUCCCUCCUGGCGACGGUGCUAAUGCUGACACUCGGCCACGUCUACGACAUUAACAUGGACGCCGACGCUUUCACCAAGCCCUUCCAGCUUACCAAGACGAUGCGCCGCAGCCCCUACGCGGCCAUCGACCCCGAGAACCCAAGCCUCAGCGCCGCCGGCAAAGUCGUCAUCGUCACCGGCGCGGGCGGGGGCGUCGGCAGCAAAGUCGCCCAGGCGUGGAGCCAGGCGGGAGCCAAAGCCGUGGUGCUUGUGGGCCGCAGCGCCAACGCGCUGAACGACGUGGCAAGCGGCCUGCCGCAGGCUGCUGUCCAUGCCGCCGAUGUCACGAGCGAAAAGGACGUCGAGGCCCUCUUCGCGAGCGUCAAGGAAAAGUACGGCAGGCUCGACGCCCUCGUCAACGCCGCCGGCACCAUGCACCACGAUGCCGGGAUCAAGGACAUCAGUCCCAAUGCCUGGUGGCAGGACUUCGAAACCAACGUCAAAGCAACCUUCCUCACGACCCACUUCUACGCCAAGCUCUUCGGCGGCUCCGGCACCGUCGUGAACGUCGUCUCGCUCGCGGCCUUCCUCUCCGCCCCCAACAUGUCGUCGUACGCCGCCGCGAAGCUCGCCCAGAUCAAGUUCGGCGAGCUCGUCGCGCUCGAGCACCCGGCCCUGCGCGUCUUCUCCGUCCACCCGGGCCUCGUCGAGGCCGAGCACGGCCGCGGCAUGGUCGUGCCCAGCUUCACGCCCUUCGCCAAGGACAAGGCUGCCCUGACCGCCGGCCUCUCGCUCUUCCUGGCCACCGACCCCCGCGCAGAGAGGCUGGCGGGCACCUUCUUGUCCGCGAACUGGGAUGUCGACGAGGUCCUUGACCAUGUCGAUGAGAUCGUCGACCAGAAGCUCCUGAACGUGGCCGUGGGCGCGAAGCUCGGCCCCGACGGCCACCCCUGGGCGGAUUGA